AGUUCAUGGUCACAUACCGUUCUUAUUGCUGGUAGCACAAAAAAACAUCGCACCAACACAACACACUAAUAAUAUGGAAAUAAGUUAGUCUCAAAGUGCAUAAACAAAAGAAUAUGGCAGGCAUUUGCCCCAGGGAGGCUGUGAGGGUUAAAGUAAAGAAAUGCGAGUCAACCACAAAACCAGAGUGGCGAAAGUUUUCGGUGGACCCACAGAUAACAACUCUGGAGGUUCUGUAUUCCUUGCUCGCCAAGGCGUUUGACGUAAAGUCGGACUUCUCCAUUAAGUACAAAGCUUUUGAUCCGGCUGGCAACGAAAUUUACUUGGCCGUUCGAUCUGAUUGGGACCUCGAUGCUGCGUUUCUGCGAAUUCACAACAUUUCCAUUCAGACGGCCUCAGAGCCAUGUCUAAUACUGCAGAUCGAUGUAAAACCGUUCACAGUGGUGAGGGAGUGCGAGACAGAAUCGCCUGCGACAACCAGCCGAUCAAGCAGCAUAACCUCAUCGACACUCUCGGCCACCCCCAGUGGUGGGAGUACGAGUGGUGCCCGGGAGCUUGUGUCGCCACUACAGUCGUUGGGUGUCUCGCAGAAAUAUGUUCAACACAUGCAGACGAAGCUGCCGGGCCUCAUCAUGAAUCACAUGGAAAAGACUUUUUCAAUUGUUCAGAAGGCGUUCAAUUUGUCCGAGGAACACAUGGCCAAUCUUCCGCCACGGCCUCCCAUGUGCGACAGCGAGUUUCGAAUGUUCCUGGAUGCUCUAGGCCAGAUCCAACGCAAGGAUGAGUUGCACAAAGUGAUUUUUCUGGGCGGGAUCGAUCCUAGCCUUCGCCGCGUUGUGUGGAAGCACCUGCUCAAUGUCUAUCCAGGGGGAACACACGGACUGGCCUUGGAUGGGCAUCAGCGCAUGGAGUUCAUGCGACGCAAAUCGGAGCAGUACAUCCGGCUGAGAGACACGUGGAAGGCGGCCAUUAAGCGGGGAAGUGUGGCUGGAGAGCUCGCCUACGUGACUAGCAUGGUGAAGAAGGAUGUACUCCGCACGGACCGUCUACAUCCGUUCUACGCAGGCAGCGACGACAAUCAGAACAUUGCAUCGCUCUUCAACAUCCUCACCACCUACGCCCUGAACCAUCCCUCGGUCAGCUAUUGCCAGGGAAUGUCGGAUAUAGCCUCGCCCCUGCUGGUCACCAUGAACGAUGAAGCACAGGCCUACAUAUGCUUCUGUGCCAUCAUGGCUCGCGUACGUGGCAACUUCAUGCUAGACGGCAUUGCGAUGACACAAAAGUUCGCACACCUCACAGAGGCACUAAGCUUCUACGAUCCCGAGUUCUGGGAGUACCUCAAGUCCCAGCAGGCGGACGAUCUACUCUUCUGUUACCGUUGGCUGCUGCUGGAGCUGAAGCGGGAGUUCCCAUUUGACGAUGCGCUGCGCAUGUUGGAGGUGCAGUGGAGCUCGCUCCGUUAUGGCAGCAAUUCCAGCAGCGAAUCGGAGCUUCAGUUGUUUGAGAAGGAAUUCUUGGCCUCUACGGAUGCCUCAGUGCCCAGCAGUGCGAGCACAUUCUCCACCUCCUACAGCGCGACGCCGAAUAGUCCCUCGUAUCUGUUAAGCAAGCCGCUCGAGAACCCCUACACAAAGGUCUGUGCACUGCGUCGUCAGAGCUCGUCCGCAUCUCUCAGCUCAUUAAGCUCUUCCCUCGGGCCUGGCGGUCAUGCUCUGGACAAUACGAAGCGGUUGAAUCACAGUCUGGACGACAAUAUGUCUCGACAUGCAGGAGUAGCCUCUCGUCGUCAGCGACGGACUUCUGCUAAAGUGCACCAGAGCCUGGACGAGUCCAAAAUGCUGGCGCUGAUUGAGGGUGCCACGGAAAGCACACUUGUUCAGUCAGUGCAAAAAUUAACUGCCGACGAGGAUUCCGAGCAGUACGAUGAUGUAUUUGAUAGGAAAGACUCCCCGCGCUUUCUUGAAACGAACCCGUUUAAGGAUGAUGCCCAAAAUUCCCCAGGAGUGGAAAGCCCAAAAGCUGCACCCCUAGGACGGGCCUUUCUAUGCAGCUCAUCCUCGUCGUGCAAUUUAGACGAGGAGUCAGGUGAAGGGAGGACACCGCAGGCCACCGAGGGACAAAAGCCACAGCAAAAUAAUAUUCUAUCCGUAAGCAAUAUCAUUGCAAAGCAAUUGGCAUCGAAUGCCAGUCACGUCAGCGAGAGUGUAAAGCGUAGCGGCAGCCACUUCAAGGAUCUCAAAGAGAAGCUUGCCUCAACAAGUCGCUUAGGUAUUCCGGUACCGUCCAAUGAAGAUGGCGAGACUGUCAUCACCGGUAAUGGCGAGAGCCAGAUGCCACCCAAGCUCGUCAAGAACUUCAACGAAUUUCUCAAUUUUGCAACAAUCAAUAAGAAUCGCAUCUCAGAUCGAUUUUCCAAUCAGCAGCUUUUGGCCGAAAAGCCGUCUCCCCCAUCCGCGACUUCGGCCAGCAAGCCGCUUGUUCAGUUGACCAAGGCCGGACUGGGAGGGUCGCUAGAUGAAUCCGACUCUUCCUCGCUGGCAGAUACUAGCUGUAGCGCCUCGACAGCGGACACAGCGAUACAACAGGGGCAAGAUUCGAGCAGCUACAAUCUGCAGCUGAAGUUGGAGAACUUCUCGACGGGGCAGCGCACUCCAGACUUGCAGCAUAGUGAACCGGGAGAUAAGGUGAGGAACCACAGAAACACAAGCGGCUACACACCCGACCAGGAGCCGGACCAGGAUCAAGAGUAUUAUCCUAUGACAAACGCCAUUACACGUGAGCUGCGUCUGGAGGCGGAAAACUUGGAUCGACAAGUUUUUGGGCUGCCUUUCACGGAGAACAAGAAACGGCCGAUUGUUGCUGAUGCCAUACAGUACGAAGAGCUAGACCAGGACGCUCUGGAUAUGGUAGAUGAUCUCAAGGAAAACGAAAUCAUAACGUGUCCCGACGUCAGCGAACUGCACAUGCGACGUCGCCAGCGAUUAGCGGCCACCAAGAGCAACAGCGUCCAGCUGAAUGAGUCGCGCACCUUCAAUCCAUUCACCGACGAGAACCAGCUGCUGCUAGACGGGCACAAUCCGCUGGGCAUGCGCAACAGCAGCAGUCUGCCAGAGGUGAUCUUGCCCAUCUCAACGGAACCGAAUCUGGUGGAAGUAUCCCCGCUUGUGGAGAUUGCCACAAAUGCCGACGACGAGAGCGCCUACAUCCGUUCACCACAGAGAACGGGCAAUCUGAAUGGAAUCGCCGGAACACUGGGCAUUACGGCGGCUGCACUGCCUCCGCCCUCAGAAUUCGGUGGUGGCAAUGCCUUCCUCAUGUUUCUUUGCCUAACCCUUCUUCUGCAACACCGCAACACCAUCAUGAAAGCGGGAAUGGACUACAACGAGAUUGCCAUGCACUUUGACAAGAUGGUACGCAAGCACGAUGUUACACGCGUUCUCAACCAAGCCAGGCGAAUGUAUGUCGAGUACUUGAAGGCCCAGAGCUGUCUGCAGCAUCAGCAGACGAGCAGCACGACACCCCCUACGGGCAACUCCGGGUCGACGAGCAGGCAUUUGCCUGUGACCAAGACCUUGCCUGCAUAAGAUUUCUUCAUAAUUUGCUUAGCUAGUUAACUAGUCUUCUGAUUCUUUCCAUGCUCUCGUAGAGAUUUGAAAACCACCCCUACUACGCUACUAUGAGAUAUUUACACAUUUAAUGAAGCUUGGGGGAGUUGGAACCAAAUUAAAGUUUGUCCAUUCCUUCAUACUAUAUUUAAACGCUCGCUAUCGAUGUCCUUAUAGUACUCAGCUAAUGAAACGUCUUUUUUUAUAUUAACUGAUACCAAAUAAUAUUAUACGAUUGAUUAUGCAAAUGGAAAGUUACCAAAAACCCAAAUUCUAAAUAAAAUAAAUCACUAAACAAGUG